GAACCACUGAACGUCCCUUGAGAAACCGCAGGCUGGGGGGGCACUGAUGGUGAGGAUGUAUUGGCUCCCGAUACUAAAAACAGAAACUUGGAGAUUUUGGAGCGAGCGAAAAUGAAACUGGGCCGAGGGAAUAAAAGCCCCGGGGGACUCAGAUGCUGGAUUCAUCCACCCGCCGGCUGGCCGGACGGACAGACAGACGGCAGCCCCUGAGCACCAGGAUGCGGCUGUGCGGACUCAUGCUGCUGCUCCAGGCGCUGCUGAGCUCCCGGCUCCCAGUGUUGGGGUUCCCCGUGGCUGGGCAGGGCCCAGGGCCCGGCAGAGCUGCCAGCUGGGGCCAGGAAAUGCAGGUGGAAUUCGGGAGCAGCCUGAAACUUGCAAGGAAACUCCAGGCAGAAACUAAAAUCCUCAUGCAACUCUUUGUGUCGGAGCGCCUGGCCGGCGCCAAGCUGCCAUUCCCCGUCCUUUCAAAGUCGGGGCUCCUGCCCCCCAUGAGCCUGAGAGCCCAGCAGUGGCUGGCCCUGCCGGCGCUGCAGAGGCUGCGAGAGAUGAGGCGGGCGCUGGUGAUGUUUCGGGGCUACAUGGAGAUUCUGGGGCGCAGGGAGCAGGAGCGGGGGGACGCCGGCCUGGCUCAGGGGCUAGAGGAAAUCAGCCUGGAUCUGCGGGACUUGACGCACCACGUCGAUUACCAGGUGUGGGGCUCUGGCCAGCCCGACCUGCCGCCCCCCGCCCCCCCCCGCAUCCUGCAGCACCCCAGCGAAUGGAGCAACCUGCAGGAGUCGUACCUGGUCCUGCGUGCAAUGGAGACCUUCCUGGGCCGCGUUGUCCGGGAUUUCACCCUGCUGCACAUGGGGGGGGGGUGGGCCCCUCGCUGAGCUCCCCGCCCCCUCACCCUACAACACUAACCCUUGGGUCACGCUGCUGCUCCCAGAAUCAGGGAGAGAACCCAGGCGUCCGGGCUCCCAGCCCCCGCUGCUCUAACCCACCAGAUCCCCACUCCCCUCCAGGGCCGGGGAGAGAACCCAGGCAUCCGGGUUCCCAGCAGUCCCUAUGUUAAUUUAUGAGAGUGGAUUUUUAUAUAUUAUUUAUUUUUUUGCUAUUUAUUACCAAGAAAUGUGACUUUUAUUUAUUUUUUAUAAUAAAGUGACU